GUUCAGUUAUAGUCGUCGUGUGGAUAAGUUUGGUCGUGGAGGAAGUAGCUAGGAGAAUACCAAAUAGAGCAACCCUUAUCAAUCUCAGUGAGUGACCGUGUAAAAUUGAAUUUCCUCCUGUGGAGCACACACAUGCUUUCGAUGAGCCAAGUAUCUCUUAUGAUUGUGGGAAAUUACUGAGCAUCACACUACUUCCGGUUGAAAGAUAACACUAAAUAUAUGUGCAAAGUGCAGAUUUACGAACAUUAGAAAAGGCGCUUUGGAUAUAUCAGUGUGCUGAGAGUAAAUUUCGAAAAGAACGGACAAUGUACAUAUGUAAAUAGAAGAAUCCCAGAGAGACUUCUUCAGUUACCUAGAACAGUGAAAGUGUGAAGAAAGACUCAAGGGAUUGUUUUUUGUGUGUCUAGAGAUUUAAAAGAAUUUAUCAGUGUUUUUACCCUAGAGCAAGUGUCCUCUUUUUCCUGCACAGCAAAAAUGUGGUCUAUUAAAAUAUUCACCUUUGCCAUCAUUUUGCAAGGUUGUGUCAUGAUUUCCGAUUUCGAGUCCACCAACGAGGACUACACAGAUGUCAACGAUAAGUACAUACCAAAUUUUGUAACAAUAGGACAGAAGUACAGCAUACCAAUAGGAUCCACUGUGGUCCUACCUUGCAAGCUCAAUCAAUCAGAAUUUCACAACAACUUUGUCCUGGCGUGGAAGAAGGACGAAGCCGUUGUAUCAGCCGGGCACAUGAAAGUUAGCAUGAAUCCGCGCAUAAAAUUGAUUCCUGGUCAGAGUCGAAAGGGUGGCACAGUAGACUUAGACAACAGCUAUAACCUCGAGAUUCGAGAUGUAAGAACCAGCGAUACUGGGAAAUAUAUCUGUCAGUUGAGCUCAAUGAAUCCCCGCGAGGUGAUUCACACUCUUGUUGUGCUAGUCCCACCCAAGAUCACAUUUAUGACUCCAGCUGCACGUAUGGAGGUGGCAAAGGGCUCGACUGUUUAUCUUGAAUGUCAUGGGGAUGGUAAUCCCGCACCAACAAUCAGUUGGUCCCGCAAGAAUGAUGUAAUGCCAAAUGGUGAAUCUUCCAACGAGAAGGAAAUUAUUGAGAUUCGCAAUGCAGACAGAACUGCCAUAGGGAUGUACAAAUGCAGUGCUGACAAUCACGUGGGAACACCGGAUACACGUGAAGUCGAAGUUAGCGUCAUAUACCCACCUGAAAUUGAGUUAGAACGUAGAAUGGUCCAUACAGGAAUUGGAUUCGAAGUGCAACUUAUCUGCGUUAUCCAUGCCGAACCACCGGCUAAUAUUCACUGGUUCUUUGGUACUGCCCAAUUGGCUACCACUGAACGCCAUUCCCAGCAGAAUCAUGGCAGUCGGUACUCACUCCAUAUUCGUAAUGUCACCAUUUACGAUCUUGGAAAUUACACAUGUCAAGCAACUAAUAAACUUGGAAGAGAUCGAAAGGUUAUGACUCUUACUGGUAUUCCGGCAGUUUGCGUAUUUGAUUCGGCACCAUUGGGAAAUAAUCGUGACCACUACAACAUUUCAUGGGGAACAUUGAGUUACUCAAAUGUCCUGGAAUACAGGCUUUUCUACCGAAUCCAGUACACAACAACGACCGAAGAGGAAACGCAUGAGCAUCAACAUCUCUUUCAACCGAGUCAUCAAAAUUCUCGCAAGAGAUUGCCAUACUACACUAAACAGUAUCAAAAUCAAGAUACUUGGAUCAAUGUCAUCCUGGAUGAGAAAGACCUACUUAAGAAUAGAGAAUUGGGACUACCUAAUAGUCACUAUCGUAUGUUUCAUCAUCAGAAUCCUGGUGAAUUUAAUCCGCGUCAUCAUAUCUCAGUCCUGUUGCGAAACCUCACACCUGCCUCCAACUAUGAGGCCAGGGUUCAGGCCAGGAAUAUGCAUGGUUGGAAUGAAAUGUCGCCAGUCUUUCACUUCUCUACGAGAGCGGAAGAUGUUGAAGUGGAGCUUUCAGCUCAACCUGCCAUCUCCAAGAAUGCUGACGCCGAAACAACCAGCAGAGGCACAAAAUUGUCAAUCUUCUACAGCUACAUCAUAACAUUCCUCUAUUUUGUGAGUAUCAUCAUUGAAAAUAUGUUAUGAUCUGUUUAAUGGGUGUUCAAUUAACUGUGACCUAACAAAAAAAAAAAUUCACUCAAAAUACCACAAAGACUUGAAAGUUACAAUUAGGUGAUUUUUAUUUAAUUUAGGAUGAAAAGAAAAAAAUCAGAGGAAAGUUAUUGAACAAUUUUACUGAGAGAUAAUAAGACGAUAUUUUUCUAUUGCCUUUUUUGUACAAAGAUGAUAUAUCGCAGAGAGGAAAUUUUAAAGAAAACAUUAGAAAAUCAGGAGGGAAAUUGCGAAGAAAUUUUCCUCACAAAAAAAAAAUGUCUUAGAACCAAUUUGUGCAAAACAUUUUUACAAAUUCGAUUUAUUCAAAACAAUCGCCAAAAUCUUGUAUAUUAUCUUUUAUUUAUAGGAACUUUUUUUUAAAUGUUUUUAGUUUCCUAAACUUUUUCUGCAGAGGAGUUGUAUUUAACUUACUGAGUAGGCUCCGCCCACGGGUAAUUUUAGGCCACGCCCAUCAAGGAGUUGUAGUAAAAUAAAUUUGAGAAUAGCCAAUUUUCAAAAUUUAUUUUAAUUUUUAAUAGAGGUUUGGAAAGUAACAGUUAAAUACAUUUGGGUUAAAUAAUAAUAAUUAUACAUCAGCUUUCGAUACAGUUAAAGUUAAAGCCUCAAAGAGACUCAGGCUGAUCCUCGAGGUAGUCCAUGAUUUUUAGCAUAGAAUACACAUAAAAUAAUUCAGAAAUAUUUAUCUAAAGGACAAUUGGCGAAAAUGCAGGACAGACGUAACUGGAAAUAUUUGAUUUUUGAACUUUAGAUGGACCAAUUCCGAGAAAACUUCUUCACUAAAAGUUUUUUUUUAAACCUCCAAAAAUAAGGUUUCAAUGACUAAAAUUUUGAAAUUUUAAAUGAAAAAUUUAGAAAAUAUAGGUUAUGUUAAUGUUGUACAUUUAUAUGCCUAAGAGUUUAAUUUAAAUAUUUUUUAAUGUGCUGAAAAAAAUUGAGAAAUUAUUAUAUUUUUACAGUCUUCUCAAUUGAGAAUGAGUAACUGAGAAAAGGAAAUAUAUCGAUUUUUUUAUGUAAGAAAUAUAAGAAUUUUUACUCUCGUUUUGCUCAGAACCAUUGAACAAACAUUAUUUUAUUUAAUUAAUAAUCAAAUAAUUGCAGUUUCAACUGAAUAAUAACAAUGCCAAAUAUAUGAAUAAAUAUUCUAUUUUAUUUUUUUAAAAUGUUUGAGAAAAUAUUUAAAAUUUUCACAAAAUUAUCGUUUGACUUUCCAUACAAUUUUAACUAAUUGCAUUAAGCACUUCAAUCGAUAACUCUAUUAGAUUAGAUGUACAUGUUACCCUAUACACAAAAUACAAAAAUAGUCAAUUUGUGAUAUUCUGGUAGAUGUUACCCAAAAUGUCCGUUUUCGGAAUAAAUGAAAUUGAUUGUUUUUGCGGUUAUUGCAAUUUUCUGCAAGAAGGUAAUUUUUCUUUUAGGUUAUAAUUCUUGCGAGAAACGCUCAUACAAUUGCAACCAAAAGAGAGUGCAAUAUUUCACUCUUUAGUUUAGAACAUUUUGUGUUGAGUUUGAAGAUCUGUCCCUUGGGUUGUCAGAGGGCUAUCUUUGAAAAAUCUACCCUGUUUCAUCUGAGAGUGAUUUUGUGGGGAUGAACCACUUUAUCUCCGGAUCAAAGGUGGUACAUUUUGCCAUAGUAAUAAUAAUAAUAAUGCUGGCACCCAAAAAAACAUUUUUUUUCUUAAUAUAGUGUUGUAGAAUUCCUUAAGUAAGGCACUAUAGAACCAAAAAUCUUUUAAGUUGCUUAUAACGCUCUUGGUCCCAUCAUUGAGAUUAUUAUAAGUAAAGUGGCGCACUCUUAAAGAUCUUAAGAGCUCCUAUAGGAAUUUCUACAGAAAAUUCUCACUUUAAGUCUUUUAAAAGUGCACUAAAAGAAUUGUUUAAUGCUUGGUUCUAUAAGGCAGCUAUUUUGCUUCUUGGGACAGCAUUCCAUGAAGGAACAAGGCCUUCCCGCAAGGGGAUUUCUAGACAUGCAUUAUUAUUUUUUCUUGUACGGGAUGAGGUUGUCAGGCUCAUGCCCGUGGAAUCAAGUGCAGUGAAGCUCACUGGAUGCAAUCGGAACACCUUUAACGCCAGAAAAAUUCCUGGUGACCUAAAGGGGAUUCGAACCCAGGACACUUGCAUCAUAGAGCGAGUGCUCUACCACUUGACCUAUAGAGUGCCCCUUUUGCCAUAUUAGUGAAGUGAGUAAAAGGAAUUGUAGUCUUUCCAGGACCUAGAAGAAGGAAGAGCCGAGAGGUAGGCAUCCUACUACUUUUCCUUUGGUUCUCUCUGGUGAAGUGAUUCCAUUUUCUCCUCGUGUGAGGAAUCUGGGAGUAAUUUUUAAUGAGACACUCACCUGGUCGGAUCAUAUGGCUGAGGUCUGCCUUAAGGUCUUAUUUUCGUUGCACACUUUGCGACGCUUUCAGACCUUUACUCCCGGGGAGACUACACUCCUUCUUGUUAGGGCCUUGAUAAUUCCAUUUUUCACUUAUGGGGCGAAGUUGUUUUUCAGUGGUAAUGUCGAGGAGCAGAAUCGGUUGAAGCUGGUUUUCAAUUCCUGUUUGCGUUACGUCUUCGAACUUCGCAAAUAUGAUCAUGUUUCUGCUUUUGCAAACUCCAUUCUCGGUCUACCACUGAUCUCCUAUCUUGAAGUUCGUGUGGUGGACUUUAUUUCCCGACUUCUUUGCACCGGUAGGCCCCGGUACCUCGCGGAGCUCGUAGUUCCUGGAUCCUAUGCUACGUUUUCGUGUCUCUGUGUGCCCAGUUCAGGGAGUCGCAAUUUUCGCAAUUCUUUCUUUGUGCAAGGUGUCAUUCUUUGGAAUUCCCUUCCUAGGGAGCGAAAGAGGGGGCUUAUCUUGAAUCAUGUGGCUUCCACUCAUUCGUCAAGUCCAACAUCACAAUCAUAAUGUUUAGGGCUAACUUUUGUAUAGAGGACAUACUGUCCUAUUUAUUCUAAAUAAAUUGAACUGAAAUUGAAAGAAGCUUAACUUGCUGUACCUUCGGUUGUGGGUCAAUUUGUUGUCCCGGACCCUAUUAUUAGCGGACUUGUUGACAUCAAGUCCCCUACACCGCAUGAAGCAGGGGACAACCGUACACAAAGUCAACAAAGAAGAUCUUUUUUGAUCGUUGACAAGCAUUCAAUAUUCAUUGAAAUUAUAUUGAGGUUCGGUCCUGAAAAGGACCCUUUUGUGAUGAGUGCAGUCAUGACCAUAAGAUAAGAAUUUGCGGGUUUUCAUUUACGUUGUGUUUGAGGUGUUGGUGUGUUCUAUCGAUACUCAAAUUUAAGCCUCGUGGUGAAAGGAUCAGUGAGUCCCUAGGAACUGUCCAGGAGUACCGAUUUAAUUGAAAGCUCUAAAUACACAUGGAGUUUCCUUUCCUGCUCCCGUCCCGGACCCUGAGAUGACAAAAUCUAUUUUCUUGAGGUCUAGAAAUCGGAGCCUAAUCACCUUUCCGUGGUCUUCCCACGACUGUCUCGCUUCCCUUCUAGUGAGGGGAAUUAACUCGUGAAUUUUAAAAAUUAAGACCGUACCACUUUAUGGAAGAACUGACUUCUACAAAUCGAGGGUGGGUGCGAAGGGUUAACAGGUUAUAUCCUACCCCCAAAAUCGUAACAAUAAUAACUAUUUAUAUUGGAAAUUGAGAGAUUUCAAAUUUACUUGGCCACUAUUGGGGAGGCGUGACUUAAAAUAAUCGUAGGCGGAGCUUAAAGAGCUAUUUAAUUUAGCAGCUAAAUACAACUCAACUGUGAAAUAGGCAAACACAGAAAACCUGUAAGUAAAUUUAAUCCGAUUUUUAAGACCUUUUUGCAAUAUAUAUUCCACGAUGUAAGUGACAUUUUUAUGAAUGUCACUGUGUAGCCGAUUUUUAUAACUGCUUUUUCAUAUAACGAAUUACUAAUGGUCGUUAUUUAAAGCAUCUGCCGAGCAGUUAUUCGAACUUAUGAAUUUUCAUAAUUAUCGUAGAUGACAAUUCAAGCAGAUUUUAUAGAUUUACACAUCAACGUAUAUAAUAAAAAAAAUGAAACAAAUGUUUUUACAGAUAUUUUAAUUAGAUUUGAAAGAUUUCGAUCAUUUCAAGAAGAUCUAAAGAUAAAAAAUACGUAUUUUUGAUGACUAAACGAGAGCUUUCAAGAUGAAGAGAAAACUUUUGCAUAAAAUACAGUGUGUAAUAUUCCUAAAAGAGUGAGUACUAUGAAUAGGAAACCCAUUUAAACUGAUUUGUGACAGCAUUUCUGAAGAACAGACCUAGUGAAUUUCCACAAAAAAAGCUAAUCAGUGAAUAAUAAGAAUCAUGAAGUUGCAGGAAAAAAGGUAAGAAAUCAUGACACAAGCAAAAAACUAACUCCACAUCUUUAUAAAAACACAUAUAAUCAAUAUAAAAUUGAUGUUUACUGGAUAAAAAGAAAAUUAUGACUCUUAACUUAAUAAAUACUCAAGUGACAAAAUGUUAAAGAUUUCUUUAUUGCGAUCUCACGGUGCCGCUUGGGUACAUUAUUGUUAAACUGGAAAUUGAAUGUAAUAUGGUGGUACAUUCACCUAAAACAAUAGAAAAAAAAUACACUAAAUGAACUGUUGACUAAAUGUGAUUCACUGUGAAACAAAAAUAAGAAAAAAAAUCAAUGUGAAGAAAUAUUUGUUGAUAACACAAAAGAAAAUCCAUACUAUAAAUGUCCCCUCCAGAGAUAACAAAAGAAAAUACGAUAAAUCCAACCAUAAAAAUAUUCGUGUAACAAACAACUUAAACCGAUUUGCAAAAGGAAAAGUUUGGAAAGAAUGGCGGCGUUUGGGGAAAUUGAAUCGAAAUGAAUGACAAGUCUAUUAAAAAAAAAAAAAAAACAAAAGAUAAAUAUUUGUGAAAACUUAUUCAUAUUCUACAUAAAAAAAAAAACAAAUUAUUUGGUGUAUAUUAAAAAAAAAGAUAUAUACAUAUAAAAAAAAUAUUCAGAAAGAGAAAAGAAUCUAUAAAUGUGCGGAGAUGGUUGAUGUGAUGAGGGUGAGAGAAAUCCCAUAUUAGUAAUUCAGAUAAAAAUAUUAUUAUAAUGUAAUCAUCAUACAUUUUAAAAAAAUAUAUAUAUAUGAAAAAAAUUAUCAGAAAUGAAGAAAAAUAUAGAUAUUUACCAUGAAAAUUCUAUCUGUAAAUAAAUGUACUGUACCUUAUCAGAGAUAAAAAAUUACAUGUAAUGGCAUUAUUGAUUAAAUAAAAAAAUGCAUACGGAAAUGAGAUUCUAAUUACGUCAGAAGUAAGGAAAUUGAUCGGGGUGUUUGAAAUAUUUUGCAGUAAAUUGAUUGUAUUGUUUUUAUUAUUAAUCUUGAUUGCGACACUUUCCAUACCUCCUGGCGGCCAUCGCCGUCUUAUGCUCUGGUCAAACUUAGGGCCUCGACAGACCUGAGGAUUAGCCGAGAGACGGCUUAGCGUAAUUAUAUUCGAAAUAAUGAUUAAAGUACAUUUUCCACUAAGUCGUCUCUCGGCUUAAGUCGUAAGUGUGUCUAGGGCAUUAUUGCUUAAGCCGAGAGACUGUUAAGUGGGAAACUAAUGGGAAUGUAGCCUAAUCAUUAUUUUGAUUAUAAUUACGUUAAGUCGUCACUUGGCUUAAGCCGUAGGUCUGGCAAGAUCCUUAACUUUCUUUAUAAACCUCCAAAGCAAACCGGUAUACAGUCCUAUUAUGCGGGCUUCAGACCUAAGGUUUAGCCAUAUGGUUUAACUGCUCUAAUUUUUUAUUAAUCACAAUUUUUUGGGAAAGGAUUGUGUUAUAGAUAAAUUACCUUUUAAGUUCUCAAAAAGCAAUAAAAUUAUUUUCUAUUCAAUAUUUUGAAACCUUUGGGAACUGGGCUAAACUUCUAGUCUGAAAACCACUUUACAAAGUGAGUAACCGAUAGAAGAUCUAAUUAAUUACAUAAAAAAUUACCCUUUUAGUACCUUAAAGUACCCUUAUACCCCUUAGAAAAGUACUUUAAGAACAAAUGAAUGAAAACAUUAGGAAAAAACUAGCAAUUAAAAUUUAAUUUUGGUUACCAAAAAACUCUUUAUUUUUUCUUUUAUAGAACUUCCAUGAAAAAUUCACUACUCUAAAUGCAUAAAGUGUGCAAUGCUUAAACUUGAUUUUUUUUGCUGACGAAAUUUUUAUACCCAGUGCAAUUUAAAAAUGCUUCAAAACCUCAAUAAGUUUCUGGAAACUUGCAAAAGUUUUUCAAUUGCAAAAUUGUUAAAUAUAGAAUUGCAAUUUUUGCUGAAUUAUUUUGCAAGGAUUUUAUUGCGCAUUUGAGAGGCAAUCUUCUAGGUGCUCUUCUAAAAUUUCAUGCAAUAGACUUUUCUAACCCUUCUAAUUCAUGUAUUUUAAAUUUGGUAAACAUAACCGUUUUAUUAACCAGUUUCUAAUUUCCCGUCUGACAUAGUGUAAAUGGGUUUACCCCUUAUCGGUAAGAUCUGAAUAGUCGGCCCGAAUUAAAGACUGGAUUUUGCCAUGUACAUCAAUGACGGUAGAAUGAAACUGUCAAAUGAACCUUCUGAUUUCACUUCCGAAUAUUAUAAAAAUGACAAAAGUUACAAGGAUAGUGACAUCACUGAGAGAAAUCCGAAAAAGUUAAAAUAGCAUUCCGGAAAUGUUUAUUUCACCCUGCAGUAUUGAUCCGAAAUCGGUGUAAAUAUUAUGCUUUUCAUGUGUAUUAGGGGUUAAAGUCACCCUUUUUCAUGUUAAUUUUACCCUUAAAAAGGUGUAAAAUUAACAUUAAAAAAAUUAAAAAAUCUUGAUAUAUUUUUACACCUAAAAAGUGUUAAAGUUAUGAGAAAAUAAAGUUAAUCGAACACCCGUUUUUUCAGUGAUGGAGUUCGUAGAGAAAUUUCUAUGUGAAAUUUCCAUUAUCGUUCUCUUGGAUUUCUGAAUUAAAUUUCGAUAUUUACGUCAGGGAUUUCCUCCCUAAAAUCUCCUACGAUUUCAACAACAAGAAUUAGGGUGGAAUCUCUGGAAAACUUACCCGGCUGAGGUGUUGACAUUUUUCAAAGAGCUUCCAUUAAAUUCCCAUGGAAAAUUUUCCUUAAAAAUUCUCUCGGAAAAUUUGGCUUGCUCCCAGUGAACUUUCGAUGAAUUUAAGGAGAAAUGUCCUCCUAGUGAUUGCGAAAAUUCCCUGGUCUUUCCUAGGGAAUUCCUCCAAAUUUUGAGAGGAAAAGUCUUAGAAUUUUCCGGUCCAUUCUCGAAGAUUUCCCAGGGAAAUCAAGGGGAAAAUUCUCUCCGGAGGGAAAAAAUUCCUUCCGGAGACACAUGAAAAUACCGUCGAGAGGAAAUUUCAGAGGAAAUUUUGUGGAAAAUUCUGUAAAAGUUAAGCUUAUACUUCGGGCAAGAUGGUUUUCUGGUUGCAAAGUUCAUAUAAAACAUCGAAUAUUUUAUAAAUGAAUAGGGAAAUACAAGCAGCCAUGUGAGGAAGCACCAUACGUACGAGUUAUCAAUUAAUUAGUAACAAAAUGGAUCGGGCGACAUAAUUUUUAUAGUUGCAAUGUUCGCCACUACGAGCGCAAAACAGUAUCCUUCACGUAUACAGCAAGUUCCGCUUUCAAAGAAAAUCUCGGCCCCGAAAAAAAACCCACGAAUUCACUUCAGUGACACAGAAAAAUUGCAUACCCACAGGAGAGGUCUUUGGAAUAAGUUACGGAAACCCCGUGAUGUAGGGUAAAAUUGGGUAAUUUGGAACCAUUUAUAAUUUGGGACACUUGAGAUUUUCUCAUUGUUUUAGAGAUUCAAAAGAAAGAAAAACUGUUUCUGUUCUUCUUAAUCGUCUUUUUCUUCUAUUUCAAUUUCAAUUCAAUUUAUAUAUUUCUCCUCAAUUAAUGCUUGGUUGCGUCUGCCGCCGACUUACCACGACCGAUCUCAUCAGGUAAACGGCAGAAACCCUGAAUCAUAGAUCGUAUAUGCCAGGAUUUAUGCAGUUUUACAAUUGCAAUCAUUUCGCAGUCAUUGUUUUCACUUUGCUCAUCUGAAACAGUGAGAAAGUCUCAAAUGUCCCAAAUUCUAAAUGGGUCCAAAUUACCUCAUUUUGCUCUAUGCAAAAUAUUUUCGGCGUCAAUUUUUCGGUGUAGUUUCAGCGCCAAUGGUUCAUAAGAAAAAUUACCGCGUAAAAACAAUUUGCAUACAUUUAGGAGCAAUUCAAAAUUAUUUUUUAAAUGGGCUCCCAAUAGUAGGCAAUUAAUAUCAAAUUCAUUCAGUCCAUUUUCACUUAAGCCGGAAUUCUCUGUAUUUUCUAAGGGGUAAUUUCUAUGGGAGCUUUUUAAAUGUAAGGUAUGAAGGAUAUGGGUUAAUUCAAGCUUUAAUUGACGCUUACAUGGUCAGAUAGGUUAUGGGAAUAUUCUUAAGAAUUUGUCUUUUGACUUCAAUUCUUAUUAAGGCAGUUGAACGUUGUUCAGGUUGAAGUAUUACAAGAAAUAACGACAAUCUGUCAAAAAUAGUAAUAAAAAUAAAUUUAUUGUUAAGGAGCAACUAAAAACAUAAAAGUAAUUUUGAAAAAUAUAUUUCACUAAGGUUCUGGUUCUUUUACUAUUGUAGUUUUGACCAUAAAACAAUCCAAUCUACCAUAAACUCCGGUAAAAAAUAAUUAAUAAUAUUUUUGAUAAAAACCUAUUACUGGGAUUUUUUUUAAAAUUAUUCAUUGCUGGUGAAUUUUGAGUUGCAAAACGUUUUGUCAAAUAUCUAAUUCAAUUAUUAAAUUUUUAGGUCCAUUCAUAAGAAAGAAACAUUUUUGAUAGAGAGACCGGGUUACAAUUAGUCAGCGGUAGAGUAUCAUAGUUUUUCUAAGAAAAAAUAUUGAACAAAUUACUAUUUAUUCAGAAUAAUUAACUCCGAAUUAAUUGAAAUAUUUAUCAAAAUGAUUUAGACAAGUUUUUAUAGAAAGGUAAAGUAAAAUUUCAUUCCCUAGCUUAUUCUGCCUCAGUCUCCCCUAACGUCUCAAAUAAGGUAGAAUUAGAAGGUGGCAGAAGGGAACAUAAAGAACAAGGUCAUCUAGCAGUGAGCAAAUUGGAAGUACCCGAAAAGCCAAUGUCGAUAUCUCUAACUGUUUAACCACUGCACUGUGUUAACAACUGCAUGGAUAAACCAUUAUCCUUCCAUAGUAUUUUUAUCUAAAUUAAAAUCUGUAGAGUGAUCAAAAGUUUUAACUUCAUGAAUAGUACCAAUCAGAUAUAAUGCACGUACGAAAUAAUCAAACUUUUAGUUUAACCAAAAAAUCCAUCAGAAAUACUUAUGACGUAAUUAGAAUCUCUAUUCUGUUAUCACAGAAUA